AUGAUAUAAAGUUUUUUUUAUUGUUCCCGAACUGACAGUAUUUUUUUUUUUUAACUUUCCAGUUUAGAGUAACCGUAAGUAAAAUGCCCAGACAUGCCCGCGUUUAUAUUAAAAUAUUAUCAUUUUGAAUAUUUUAUACAAAACAAAUUCGAGUCCGACUGAUCCGACGGGAUCCGACCGUCCUAUCUACAUCGAAUUUAAGCAUGCCAUGCACAAAAUAAGUGACGCAUGACGCCUCGAGUUGCAACAAUAUUUUGACGUUUAUGUUAUUAUUGACGUAAUUUAGUUGUAAAAAUGGAAUUUACUAACAAAGAUUUUUGCAAUUUUCUCCUACAAAAUAAAACAGACUUUAGCGAUUAUAAUUACCUUUAUGAAAUAGUGCUAGAUAAUAUCAACAAGGCUUUAUCGAGUGGUGCUAAAUUGGAGUUAAAAGAGGCUUUACGAAAGUUUUGUUUUAAAUUGAAGGAAAGAUAUAUUAAAAGCAGUUACAAUAAUUAUCGCUUUUUUUCAAAAAAUUCCAACUGGUUGAAAAAAAAUUUCGAUAUCCCAGAAAUUGUAAGAGAAGAAAUGUUAAAUUCGCUUAAUGAACCUGAUAUUGAAGAAAAGGAAAUCCAAUUAGAAAAGAGAAAAUCGUUCUCUGAUUUGCAGGACUUAAGUGCAAGACAUAAAAGGAGGAAAACGAAAGACAUUAGAGAUCAAUAUUCAUCCUACGGGUUACUUUUUGCAGCCAAAACAAACCUACGUUCUGAAGGAUAUACGGAUUUUGCAAAGGUCAUAGAAUAUCUCAUGGAAAACCCAAGCCAAGCCAAAGAAGUAAGAGAAUUUUGCCAGACUAGCAGGCACAGUGUUAAAAAUAUUUCGGGAGAAAAAGCGAUGAGCAUCUUUGUUAAUUCAAAGAUGUCAAAACACCAAUACAAUACUCUACGACAAUCCUUAAUCCUCGAAAAUAUGAACCAUUUUCCUUCAUACUAUGCCAUACAACAGACUAAAUUAGAAUCUUAUCCACCCAAAGAAUAUAUCACUAUAACAGAGGUAUCAGCAUCUGUUAAACUUCAGGCUCUUUUAGACCAUACCCUUUUAAGGAUAUUGAAAACUGUGGAAUGUGUUACGUCUAGCAAUGAUAUUAUUUUAGUUAGUAAAUGGGGUUUUGAUGGCGCAUCCGGGCAAAGUACUUAUAAGCAAAAGCUAACUUCAGGUGAAGAUUCGAGCAUUUUUAUUUCCAGUUUGGUACCCAUAAAACUGUACAAUGUAAAAAACGACACUAUUAUUUGGGAAAAUAAAAGACCAUCUUCGACUCGUUAUUGCCGUCCACUAAGAUUUACAUUUGUUCAUGAAACCCCAGAGGUAAUAAGAAAAGAAAAAAAAUUAAUUGACAAAGAAAUUGAGAAUCUUCAAGCCACCCAAACAAAAUUCGGGCUAAUAGGGCACAAAUUACUUUUUACUAUGAUAGAUGGUAAAAUAUGUAAUACCCUUACAAAUACAUCUUCUAUGUGUUGUUAUAUUUGUGGAGCUAAACCAAAAGAGACUAAUAUCUUAAACAAAAUUUAUCAAAAACAACCGGACGAAACAUGUUAUUCUUUUGGUAUUUCGAGCUUGCAUGCUUGGAUUAGAUGCAUGGAAUGGAUGUUGCAUAUUUCGUACAAUUCAGAUUUUAAGAGAUGGUCGUGUACUACUACAGAGCAUAAAAAUUUAAAAGCUACAAGGAAGGCCAGAAUACAGGAAGACUUAAGAAAUGAAUUAGGUAUUUUAGUUGAUGUGGUAAAACAAGGGGUUGGUACCACGAAUGAUGGAAACGCGGCAAGAAAGUUUUUUUCCGACUGUUCCACAACUUCUAAAAUAAUAGGCAUCGAUUUAACAUUGCUUGAAAGGAUUAAAAUAAUCCUGCAAACCCUUUCAUGUACCGAAGAAAUAUGCCCUUUAAAAUUUGAUCUCUAUACAGCCCAGACAGCUAAGUUAUAUGUUUCUCUUUACGACUGGUAUUACAUGCCCCCUUCAGUCCAUAAAAUUCUAGUUCACGGAGCAGAUAUUAUAAGAAAUUUUGUGGUACCAAUUGGAAAGCUCUCAGAAGAAGCCUCCGAAGCUAGACAUAAAGAAUUCAGAAACGUCAGGGAGUUUCAUGCAAGAAAGACCAAUAGGAGGGCUACAAAUGAAGAUAUAUUACACAAUUUAUUACUUUGGUCUGAUCCAUAUAUAUCAUAUUUAUCUAACAAUGGCUACGAAAGAAAAUCGUGCUUGCCGCUAGAGGUCGAAAGCCUUCUCAAAUAA